UUGAAGAAGUAUAGUGCACUAUAUCCGUGAUAGGGAACGAUUUCGAUCACAGCUAAAGGACGCACCAGUUGAGUCUGUCCGGAAGCGGUUUCGUUUUCAGGAAACAACAAUUUCAGUGGUUAAUGGAGCGGAUACCUUACGGUAAACUAAGAUUUAUGUGAAUGCAUUCAGUGUAACAAUAAUGGUGCGACAUGUUUUCCUCUAUUGGAGUUAGGUUUUACCUGGGCGUUUUCCUUCUUAACUGUAUUUCUAUGGCAGCAAACGACACAGGGCUCAAUCUUCACUGCAUCAACGACUACGACAGGCUGAUGUUGUGUGGGUUCGACUCCCCGCCCGACGAGCCGAGCUGCGCCGAGUGGACUCUCAACGCUAGAGUGCUUUCCGCCAAGAGAUACACUGAGAGAAAUUGCAAUUUAACAUCGGACCCAGUUCGGACGGGGUCGUGCAGUUGCUCGUUGGACAUCAAUGGGUUUCUUCCUUGGGAAAUUUGCAAAACAACCAUGUGGAAACCUGGGGAUCUAGUGGAGUCCAAAAGCAUCUCAGCUAUCGACAACAUAAAACCCAAAGCCCCAAUACUCACAUCGGUGACAAGAGAAGAUGAGAAUUAUCUGGUGACGUGGGACUCAAAAUACGAACACCCCAACUUCUUUCUGAUAGUGCUGCUGAACUACCGCAAAAGAGGAGAGAACGGCACGGAAGUGGACGUUUCGUCCAUGGAGUCUUAUCGGAUUUUGGGCAAGUCCCUGGAGCCGAGGACAGAGUACCUGGUCAGCGUGCAGAGCUACUCUUCGUUCUACAGUGAAAAAAGUGGAGACCUGACAUUCACCACCCACACAGGGCUCAAUCUUCACUGCAUCAACGACAACGACAGGCUGAUGUUGUGUGGGUUCGAUCCCCCGCUCGACGAGCCGAGCUGCGCCGAGUGGACUCUCAACGCUAGAGUGCCUGGCUCCCAGAGAUACACUGAGAGGAAUUGCAAUUUAACGCUGGACCCAGUUCGGACGGGGACGUGCAGUUGCUUCUUGGACAUCAAUGGGUUUGCUCUGGGGGACAAUUACAAAAUAACACUGAGGAAAGCUGGGGCUCUAGUAGAGUCCAAAUACAUCUCAGUUUUCAACAACAUAAAACCCAAAGCCCCAAUACUCACUUCGGUGACAAGAGAAAAUGAGAAUUAUCUGGUGACGUGGGACACAAAAUACAAAAACCCCAACUUCUUUCUGACAGUGCUGCUGAACUACCGCAAAAGAGGAGAGAGCGGCACGGAAGUGGACGUUUCGUUCAUGGAGUCUUAUCAGAUUUUGGGCAAGUCCCUGGAGCCGAGGACAGAGUACCUGGUCAGCGUGCAGAGCUACUUUUCGUUCUACAGUGAAAAAAGUGGAGACCUGACAUUCUCCACCCAUACAGGGCUCAAUCUUCACUGCAUCAACGACUAUGACAGGCUGAUGUUGUGUGGGUUCAAUCCCCCGCCCGACAAGCCGAGCUGCGCCGAGUACAGACUCGACACUGGAGUGGAUUUCAUCAACGAAUACACUGAGAGGAAUUGCAAUUUAACGCUGGACCCAGUUCGGACGGGGACGUGCAGUUGCUUCUUGGACAUCAAUGGGUUUGUUCCGUGGGAGAUUUACAAAAUAACACUGUGGAAAGCUGGGGCUCUAGUGCAGUCCAAAUACAUCUCAGCUGUCGACAACGUAAAACCCAAAGCCCCAAUACUCACUUCGGUGACAAGAGAAGGUGGGAAUUAUCUGGUGACGUGGGACACAAAAUACAAAGACCCCAACUUCUUUCUGACAGUGCUGCUGAACUACCGCAAAAGAGGAGAGAACGGCACGGAAGUGGACGUUUCGUUCAUGGAGUUUUAUCCGAUUUUGGGCAAGUCCCUGGAGCCGAGGACAGAGUACCUGGUCAGCGUGCAGAGCUACUCUUCAUUCUACAGUGAAAAAAGUGGAGACCUGACAUUCACCACCCAUGGUUUUACUUUUGGGGAUAUUUUCGGAAUGCGUAUUGUCAUAUUAUGGAUUGUAUUUGCAGUAAGCGCUGUCAUUUCUCUGGCGAUGAGCCGCAUAGGGAUGUGGAGUUGGGGGAAUGAAUGAUAAAAAAAAGUAGUCACCCAAAGUGAUUGUUGAUGUCUACGCAUCUACCAUGCCGCCUCUGAAUGUCCAAGAGCUGGAACACGUUGAUUGGACUGCAGACCACUCCAUGUUUCUCUCAACAAGGACAAUGAAGUCGCUGCAUUCGCAGAAUCAUCUGUCAAUUAGCCAACAAAGAUCAGACACAUGGAUGUCUGCUGCGACACACGCGUGGUCCUAGCUGAUGGUGGACAUUGGGUGAAUUGGCCUUUGUUACGUAUUAACGUAUUUGCGAUGCUUUGGAAUUUUUUAUGUAUUUAUAUAGCUUGCUGUUUUUAUAUUGUUUUGUCGUCCUGUCUAGUUCUAACUGCAUCAAGUGGAGCAAGCUAGCUUCCUCAAUCUUCCUCAUUCCGUCAAGCUAAUGCUACUGUUAUUUAUAGCCUGUAUAGCCUUUGCUCUUCACCAGUUCAUGUCAACAAUCAAUGAAAAGUGCCCCACUGCUUGCUCUGUGAAGCCUAGUGUUAUUUGAGUUACCACGCAGUUGUGAAGGAGAGUUGGGACAAAGUGAAAAAUCAAGGAUCAAAUUGCAGAGAAGACAGAACAGGAUAACCCCACACACAGGUUGAUUUUUUUAAUGCAAGCAACCUUUAAAGGGGA